AUGGACGCCGCCGCUUCGGGCAACAAGGAGCGGGAGGCCGCGCAGCUGCUGGCCGAGGCCGAGAAGCGGGUCAAGUCCUCGCAUUCCUUCCUCAGGGGGCUCUUCGGAGGAAACACGAGAGUAGGAGAAGCAUGUGAAAUGUAUACUAGAGCUGCAAAUAUGUUCAAGAUUGCCAAAAACUGGAGUGCGGCAGGGAAUGCAUUUUGUCAGGCGGCCAAGCUUCACAUGCAGCUACAGAGUAAACAUGAUUCUGCAACCUGUUUUGUAGAUGCAGGGAAUGCUUACAAAAAGGCUGAUCCACAAGAGGCUAUCAACUGCUUAAAUGCUGCCAUCGAUAUUUACACAGACAUGGGCCGAUUUACUAUUGCUGCCAAGCAUCACAUUACUAUUGCCGAGAUCUAUGAGUCCGAGCUAGUAGACAUUGAAAAGGCCAUUGCCCAUUAUGAACAAGCUGCAGAUUAUUACAAAGGGGAAGAAUCCAACAGUUCCGCUAACAAAUGUUUGCUGAAAGUAGCUGGAUAUGCUGCUCAGUUAGAGCAAUAUCCAAAGGCGAUUGAAAUCUUUGAGCAGGUUGGAACAAGUACUAUGGAUAAUCCAUUGCUCAAGCACAGUGCAAAGGAUUAUUUCUUUAAGGCAGCCCUGUGCCACUUCAUAGUUGAUGAACUGAAUGCCAAGCUUGCUCUUGAGAAAUAUGAAGAAAUGUUCCCAGCAUUCACAGAUUCAAGGGAGUGUAAGCUCUUGAAAAAAUUAUUGGAGGCUCAUGAGGAGCAAAACUGUGAAGCAUACACUGAAGCGGUUAAAGAAUUUGAUUCAAUAUCCCGCUUGGACCAAUGGCUGACAACCAUGUUGCUUCGCAUCAAAAAAUCCAUUCAGGGAGAGAACGACGGGGACCUGAAGUGACCGAUCAGUGCAAUUUGUGGCAUUGUAACUUGUCUUUUGGAGUCCUCUGUGUUGUGGGCAAGGGCCUUUAUGGGAUAAUUGAUCAAUGCUUCUAGCUUGACUGAUUGGUGUCCUGUUGCGUGUCCUGUUGUGGCUCAUUUGGUGUAAUUAUGGACAUGAAUUUGUAUAUUUACAAACCUUACUGUUGGCUUUCAUUCCCAAAUGCUGUUAGGUGCAUCCCUAUACCUCGCACACAUUUCCCCAGAACUAAGCCUCACCAAGUUCAGUGGGGUGCUCUGCAGCAUAUUUGUGCACAGGGUUGCAGCCUGUACAGGCUGACUUCAAAGUGAGUC